AUGUCAGGACUACUCGAUGUAGCAUAUAAGAAGCAUGUUGUGAGAAGGCGCGCGACGCCGGCGCCAAUAAAAAUGAUGCGAUUGCACUCGGACAAAGUGUCGGUAGUCGCAUUCUUCAAAGAUGGUCGACGGGUCGUCACUGGUUCAUGGGACUAUACCCUGCGAAUUUGUGACAUAGAGAAAGGAACAGUGGAAGGAGGGCGAUUUGUGGGACAUAGUAACAAGGUGUUUUCAGUUGCGGUAUCGCCAGACGACAGGCGAAUUGCGAGCGGUGGAAAAGAUAACAGCAUUAUCAUCUGGGACGUCGAGAGCAAGCAGAUGCGAUUCGAUCCACUGAUGAAGCAUACAAAAUGGGUGUCCUCUGUAUGCUUCUCCCCCGAUGGCAAGAGGCUCGCGAGCGGGUCAUACGAUUCGACAGUGAUUAUAUGGGAUGCAGAGACUGGCGCCGUCCUCUCAACACUCCAGGGUCAUCUGGGUGGAGUGUCGAGCGUCGCAUUCAACCCAGAUGGUCUAAAAUUAGCAUGCGGAUCAUUGCGGAGCAUCCGGAUUUGGUGCACAGACAGCGCCGAACUCGUUUUCAAGAUCAACGCUCAUGAGAAUUGGGUUCUCAGCGUUGUGUGGUCACCUGAUGGCCAGCAACUCGUCUCUGCAUCAUACGACAAAACAGUCAAGUUCUGGGACUCCUCGAACGGAUACCAGUUCGGAAAAACUUGUACUAGUCACACUUCCGACAUCAACUCGCUCGCCAUCUCUUCUGAUGGAUCCUUCAUUGCGACUGCCUCGGACGACAGGACUGUGCACCAUUGGAGCACAAUGUCACACGAGAAGAUAGGACAACCACUGAAGCACACCGUAGAUGUUACAUGCGUCGCCAUUUCUCCCAAUGCAGAAUUGGUCGUGGUCGGAGAUCUUCAUGGUGAUGUUCAACUCUGGUCAAUCAAGGACACACUCUCGGCAGCAGUCCAGCUGUAUUCCUCAUCAGACUCUUACUUUGUACACCGCUGUAAAGUGAAGUUGGGACAAAACCUCUAUCCAGAGGCCCUUUCGGAUGCCCAAAAGGUUAUUGAACUCAACCCAUCGUCUUACCUUGGGUACAAACUGAAACACGCAGUUCUUCAUGAAGCACAUCGCUAUGAUGACGCAAUCGAGUCCUUCAAAAUCAUGCUGUCCAAGUUGGAUGAUGCACCCGAUGCACAGAUACGACAGUUACGCCAGCAUUAUGUCAGUCCGCCUGAAGUAGAAAAUGCCAUUCGACAAGCCAUUCAUGUUCACCUGGAAAAUGCCCCACUUCGUCUAAUCAACACUAUCACUGGGAAGCUAUGUGAUCGACAGUUACAGAUCAAUACCUUCAAGAAAAGCAUGGAGUAUAAGGAGAUCCUGUCGUCAUCAAUGCUGCAUACACCUCUCCAAACAGAGCCCAUCAGAAAAACGGUCAUGAAGUACUUCGGUUGGGUCAUGUUAUCACAUAGGUGGGAAACCAAGGAGCUGCAGCUGCACGAAAUUCUGGACAAGAGUGUGUACACGUUGUAUCCAGUUGGAGCCGUAGUGAAGUUGCAGAAGUUCUGCAAAAUCGCUCACCAUGCGGGUUACUAUUGGGCGUGGGUCGAUACAUGCUGCAUCGACCAGAACAAUAACGUCGAGCUCCAAGAAUCAGUCAACUCCAUGUUCGUCUGGUAUCGCAACUCAGCACUCACCAUUAUCUAUCUAUCGGAUGUUUCUCCUUCGUCAAAGUCUGGCGCACUGACAAAUAGUGCGUGGAACACACGAGGAUGGACUGUUCAGGAGUUCCUCGCUCCUGCAAUUAUUCUAUUCUACCAAGCAGACUGGACCCUAUAUCUCGACGACCGCUCACCAAACCACAAGGAAUCUGUCAAUAUCAUGCAGGAGUUGGAGUAUUCAACUGGUAUAAAUACACAGGCGCUCGUUGCCUUCAGCCCGGGGAUGAGAAACGCCCGAGAGAAACUUCAAUGGGCAUCAUGCCGUGUUACGACAUUGCAGGAAGACAUUGCAUACUCAUUGUUUGGUAUUUUCGGCAUCCAUCUACCUGUCAUCUACGGAGAGAGGAAACAAAAUGCGCUCGGACGUCUCUUGCAGGAGAUUAUCGCUCACUCGGGAGAUAUCACAGCCCUAGACUGGGUUGGACAGUCAUCCAGCUUCAAUAGCUGUCUGCCAGCUAACAUUGCCUCAUACAAAGCCCCGCCAUGCACACUGCCAUCUCUAUCUGAAGACGAGAUUAAAGUCUCAGUUUCCUCGCUGCGACAUAAUGUAGAUUCGGAGUCGGCUUUGAAACUCUACAGCAUCCUUGAUAACCUCAGUGCUCCUCGCUUCGCCAACUGCAGACUGCAACUGCCUUGCAUCACAUUUCCAGUCACAAAAGUCAAACGGAGGGUCGGUACACCUUGCACUUAUCAUAUCAAGGCAGAUGGACUCCGAGACCUGGAAAUCACAACGACGGACACGUUGGUUCAGUUCUGGCGUGGGAAGCCCACUUCACAGAAAUUUUUGCUCGUCCGUCCUUGGAAUCGUCAUGAUCUUGGGCUGCCUGACUUUGCAGACGAGAUGCAGCACGCGGACGAUAGGCUUGACCCUGGGUCUCCAUCAGAUGAUCCGUUUGGCUUAUCUCCUUCAGAUAACGAACCGGUUGGUUCGCAGUCCCUUACGCGACAAUCGAGCUUGCUCGAUCGCCUCACACAGCGUUUAGGCACGCUUUGGUUAGGGCAGCAGGAAUCCGGUGAUUCGCGGUCUCACACCCGAGAGUUGGGGUUGGUUGUUCGCCUCGGACAGCCUUUCAGUGCACUUUUACUAGCGCAGCAGCGGGGAGGGGAGUAUAAGAGGAUUGCUUCGGGUUGCAAUAUCAUCGCACAAGUCAGGGACAUGACUUACGUCGAUGACAUGAUGAAUGUCAAAACGCUAGAGAUAUUGUAG